UUCAAGUGGUAUUACUAGGCUAAAACGGCCACAUUGCUAGCGGCUUUGUAAUUUGUAAAUAAAUGAAUAUCCGAAAAUACCUUUAAUAUUUAUUAUAGCCAUAAUAGUAAUAAUACACAAUGUUGCGCCUGCUACAGAAGAGAACAAGUCUUAUUAAGCUGCUGGUUCAGGGUCCCCGGUUUCACCAAACCAUUGCGCAAACAGCGAUAAAGGAAAUACCCGCGAUAAAACCCAUAAGUAUUUCAAAGAGCGAUAAGAUCGUGGGACGAUGGUUCCUUGGAGUCAGUGGCAUGGUGUUCGUUGCAGUUGGUCUUGGGGGUGUGACCAGAUUAACCGAGUCAGGCCUUUCCAUGGUUACCUGGAAACUGACGGGCGAACGAAUGCCAAGGACCCAGGAGGAAUGGAUACAAGAGUUCUCCAACUACCAGCAGUACCCCGAAUAUAGGCUGAAAAACGUAAACAUGACUGUUGAAGAGUUCAAGUUCAUAUUCAUGAUGGAAUAUAUGCAUAGAAUGUGGGGUCGUGCCAUUGGCGGAUUCUUCCUUUUGCCAGCUGUAUACUUUUGGAAAAAGGGUUACUUCUGCGCUAAGACCAAGAAGACUGUGCUUUUAUUAGGAACUCUGAUUGGUCUCCAAGGCCUGAUGGGGUGGUACAUGGUCAAAUCUGGGCUGGAGGACAGGUUCCAGGAUCCCAACGAUGUCCCACGGGUCUCACAGUAUCGACUGGCCUCUCACUUGGCCGCAGCUUUUGUCCUCUACGCCUUUUCGCUGUCGAAGGCAAUGUCCAUGCUUAUCCCCACAAACACAUUCGUGAUCCAAGCCAAAAAUGCAUUUAACAUCAAGGGCUUGUCGCACAUGACGAAAGCCAUGGUCCUGCUGACAGCCAUUUCCGGUGCCUUUGUGGCUGGACUGGACGCCGGUUUAGUGUACAAUUCCUUCCCAAAGAUGGGCGACAAAUGGAUUCCCGAUGACAUGUGGCAGUUCAAGCCGUUGCAGAAAAACAUAACUGAGAAUCCAACGACAGUGCAGUUCAAUCAUCGCAUACUGGGAAUCAGCACAGUGACUCUAACCACAGCCCUAUGGCUGGUCACCCGCAGAAUGAAGCUUCCAAAGCGCGCAAAUUGGGCCAUCAAUGCAGUGGUGGCCAUGGCCUGGACACAAGCCACUCUAGGAGUGACCACGCUACUGAACUACGUGCCUGUGCCUUUGGCGACGGCCCAUCAGUCUGGAUCGCUAAUCCUUUUAAGUUUCGCCCUCUGGUUAUCACAUGAAGUGCGAUUGUUGAAGUACCUGCCGAAGUAAACUGGCCAAUAAAGAUAUAAUUGUUGACAAUGAAUAA